AUGAUGGUGCGCCGUGUGGUGUUUUUUCUCGCUUUGCUGUUGUGUGUUGAGUGUCUCUGUGUGGCAGCUGCAGAGGCUCAACCUGAACCUGAGAGUGUUUCCACUUGCCAAGACGGUGAAGGUAGUGGUAGUUGUGCUGCUCGUACUUUUGCUGCAUCUGGACACACUGAUAACAGUUGCGGAGAUGGUAGUAGUGGUAGUGGUUGUGCUGCUGGUGCUGCUUCUGGUCCUCAUCUUCCUGCAACACCACUUCCACCUGUUGAUGUUAACGCUUGUCCUCCAGAGAGGACUGAUCCUCCGUGUACUCGUAGUGGAAGUGUAUCUGAAGCUGCUACUGCUGUUGAUUGUGUGGACUCUCCUCCUGAGAAGGAUGGUUGCCGUAAGACGGAUCUCGACAAUCAAGAUAAUUGCGCUUCUGCUGAGACUAGUUGUAAAAACCAAACACAAGAAGAGAAUCAUGCUAACUCAAAUGAAAAUAGUAGAGCUAAUGGUAGCGAACAUCAAGGUCACGAUGGUGAAAGUCAUCCUGCACGUGACCAGGGUUCUCAUACUGAUGAAGGACAAGAGGGUCGUGCCAACCCAACUGUUACUGUUCUUCCUUCUGGUGAACCAGAAACUCUGGAUACUCAAAGUGUAAUCGGUUCACAAGGUGGUGCUUCUUCUCUCGCAGGGGGUACUGGCGGUGCUCCUACCGCUGCCGGUCAAACUGAAAGCAAUGUGGCCAGUACAACCGAAGAAGACAGUGGAUCUAAACAGGGAAGUGAAACAGUACAACCUUCUUCUUCUUCCAACAAUUCGGCCAACGGGGGUGAUGUUGGUUCUGAUGCUGCAACACCUGAGAAUGGCACUUCAUCUGCAGAGAGUGAAUCACCAAGUAUUCAAGAAAGUGCGGGAAAUACAGAUACAGACACAACAACAACAACAACAACACUUCCUCCUGAACUCACAAAUAACAAGAAGGGUGAUGCAGACAGCAGCAGCAGUAUCAGCAGUUCUGUGUGGGUGCGUGUGCCACUA